GCAUAUUAUUGUAUUAAAGACUUUAUAAGCUUUACAUGUACGCAUACAACGGGAGAGAUUUAAAAGAAAGCAUGUUUCAGGAAGCUGCGUACCGUCAUGCGCGAAAAACCGCAACAAAAAAUAAGCCAUGAUCCUGAGAAAGAAAGCCAAGAAAUUGAAUCAUGCUCAAAGAUCUCCGCCGAGGAGGAGUGUCAGUCCACGACGUCAAAAGUAACCUGGACGGCUGAAAGGAAAGCUGUCUUGCGGACUGUCUUUCAAGAGGAGAUUAACCAAAAGGAGGUCACCAUGGAGGCUGUGAGGUCAAAGAUAUCUAAUCAUGCUGAACUCAAGGACGAAGAUCCUAAAAGGGUACUUGACAAAGUGCGCUCACAGUGGAGGUAUGCAAAACAAUCUUCUACUGAAAUUGUGAGUCCCCCUUCGGAGCAGGAAACGUUACAACAACGUGUCCAGAGAUCACUGGAAGAGGACGCAAACAGUGACAUAAUUCCACCAACAGCAACAAGCAGCGUAAAGAAUAUGUUUUCCUCUUCUGACAAGGAAAACAUACAGGAAGUUUUUCGUGACAUGAUUGAGAAAAAUGCCCCA